GUGUGGCUGAAUGUGAACGACAUGUCGACACUCAGCCUGUAAAAGUCUCUCGGCCGUUCGUUGAUUCUUUGGUGGAGGACUGAUGAGGGGCCGACGCCGGGCCGCCGCCCCGGGCUGCUGAGCUGAGCUGGGAGAAGCGGUGCGGCGAGGAUGCAGUGGGUCACCCUGGCCGUGGCCCUGGGGUUCGCGGCGGCGGGUCUGGCCCGAGCGUCGCACAGCGGACCCACCCCCACACCCACCUCCACGCACACGCCCCUGGUGGACAACUCUGAGGAGGAAGUGGACGAGCCCUGCUUCGAGCCGUGCGCGUGCGAGGUCAAAGAAGGCGUGCUGCACGUGCAUUGCGAUGGCCGGGGCUUCACCAACGGCAGCCAGGUGUCACAGUCGUGGGUCCGCCCUUUCAAACUCAACCUCCAGAGGAACUCGCUGAGGCGUCUCUAUAGCAACGGGUUCCAGCACCUUGGCAACGCGGUGUCGAUAAACCUGGGCAACAACGCUCUGCAGGACAUCCGGGUGGGCGCCUUCCACGGCCUGGCCAAGCUGCGACGCCUCUACCUCCACGAGAACAAGCUGGAGGUCUUCAGGAAUGACACCUUUGCCGGCUUGGAGGCUCUGGAGUACCUCCAGGCCGACUACAAUGUGAUUAAACGCAUCGACAGCGGCGCUCUGAGGUUCCUGUACAAGCUGCGGGUUCUGAUCCUCAACGACAACCUGAUCCCCGUCUUGCCUGCUCAUCUCUUCAGAUCUGUGUCGCUGACUCAUCUGGACCUGCGGGGAAACCGUCUAAAGAGUCUGGCGUACGCCGGGACCCUGGAAUACGUGGGGCGCUCCCUCAUGGAGAUCCAGCUGGAGGAGAAUCCCUGGAACUGUGGCUGCGAGGCGGUGCAGCUGCAGCAGUGGCUGGGUCAGAUCCCCUACACUGCGGUGGUGGGGGACGUUACCUGCGAGUAUCCCUUCCACCUUCACGGCAAGGACUUGAGGGAGAUCCCUCGCAAGGAGCUUUGCACUGAGCUCCCAGAUAAAGACCUGCAAGCGGAAAGCGGUAAAGCCUCCGGGGGCACGCAGCCUCAAGACUUGCCCCCUAAUACCAAGCCCAACCCCCACCCGGGGCGGGUUAGACCGACCAAACCCUCCUCCAUGGUGCACGGCUCCCGUCAAAACACUCACACUUCGUCCACGUCCUCGUCCUCUUCUUCCGCUGAGCGCAGGGACCGCGACCGGCCCCCGCGGCCCACCAAGAAGCCUCGCCCCUCCAGGACAUCACCCACGUCACGCAGCCCCAACCAGAAUCCCCCCGUGGCGGGUUACCAGACCCGGCCGCCCAUCCCCAUCAUCUGUCCGCUGGGCUGCACCUGCAACCUGCACAUUACCGACCUGGGCCUGACCGUCAACUGCAAGGAGAACGGCUUCCUCAACGUGUCGCAGUUGACGCCGCGACCGCUCAACGGACGCAAGCUGUACCUGAGCGGGAACUUGAUCCAGAGAAUCUACCGUACCGACUUCUGGAACUUUUCUAGUCUGGACCUGCUGCAUCUGGGGAGCAACCGCAUCUCCUACCUAGAGGAGGGGGCCUUCUCCAGCCUGACUAGCCUGAGGAGCCUCUACCUGAACGGGAACAACCUGGAGAGGCUCAGCCCCGACAUGUUCCUGGGGCUGCAGAAUCUCAGGUAUCUUUACUUUGAGUACAACGAGAUCCGAGAGAUGGACCGGGGAACCUUGGACUCCAUGCCGUCCCUGCAGCUCCUGUUCCUCAACGCCAACCUCCUAAGAACUCUUCCUCUGGGUGUGUUUUCCGGUGUGAACCUGGCUCGCCUCAACCUGAGGAACAACCACCUGCUGCAACUCCCCAUGGAGGGCGUACUGGAGCACCUUACUGGCUUGGUGCAGGUGGACCUGCAGCAGAACCCGUGGGAGUGCAACUGUGAAGCGGCGCCCCUCAAGCGUUGGCUGGAGGGCCUUAGCGCCGUGGUGGUGAUGGGCGAGGUGGUGUGCCACUCCCCAGAAAAGAACAAAGGCGUGGACCUGCGCUCACUCUCCAUGGAGCUGCUGUGCCCAGAGUUGGAGCCCCAGGAGGACCGGGAGGUGACCACGGCCACGGCCGACGGAGGCGCACCGCUCGGCCACCCCGACCCGGAGCCCGGUCCCCUGAUCCCGCCCGGGAAGGAAUCCAUCCCGCUCUCGGUGCUGGUUCUCAGCCUUCUGGUUCUGUUCGUGUCUGCAUUUUUCGCCGGGGCGGCGCUCAUCGCGUACACCCUGCGGCGGCGGGACAAGCUGCCGUUCCGUCGCCAGGGUGAGGUGGACCUGGCCGGCAUGCAGAUGGAGUGCGGGAUCUUCACCGAGGGGACGCACCAUCACCACCACCACCACCACCACCACCACAGUCUGGCUGAGACGCCACCCCAACACAACCACGUCUACGACACCAUCUCGGUGGCCAAAAGCCCCGAGCCCGCGGAGAAGAAAAGGGGGGCGUCCGGCGGGUACCGCUCCACGGCCGAGAAAGACAGAGAAUGGACCCUCCGGGUGACCUCGUCCCCCAUCAGCACCGUGGCCGGGGCCGUGGGACCGCUCGCACCCGGCCUCCACGAGAACGGCAUCCUGUGCCCCACUGUGAUCGACAGCCAGGGCCCCACACCCAAGGUAGAACUGGUGGACUGCCUCUUCAGACUCCCCACCCCGGAGUUCCAGGACCUGCGAGACAGGUACACCAGGCUGCCGCCUUGCUACCCUCACCCGCAGGACGCCCAGCUGCAGGACGCCGCCUCCUCCGCCGGGCCCCAGACGCACGUGGUCACCGCAGCCUCCUCCGCAGGCGAGCAGGGCAGCGAGCCGGGCACUCGGCUGAUGACCACGCCGGACUACAUGGAGGUAUUAGACCGCUCCUACCAGUUUUAGCUGCCCACUCCCUUUCUGGAGCUCCUGUACAGAGGCUGGCGAGGAACCCGUGUGGGGAGACCGCACUUCCUGGAUAACAAGCUGGGUCACUUUUGUGUCCCGCAUACUACUCGUAUCGGCAAGGAUUACCGGUUUCCCGGAUCUCCGCCUGGAGGGAUGACUCGGGCUGCACUUUGGUUGCGGAGGCGUCGAACACCGGCGGCGGCACUUCGCAAUGUCAAAAGCGGGAGAGUCGAGGAAAAAACAACAACAACUAGAAGUGCCUUAGCAACGAGCAGCCAGCAAGUGUGGCCAAUGCUUAUUUUUCUAAUGAAUACAGAUCUAUUUAUCUAAACUACUACAGGAUGGAUGGGAUGACCAACCGGAGUGGAGGAGGAGGAGGAUCCCAAAAAAAUACAAUUGGAGUUGUUUAUAUUUUAUGUCAUCCCGUUAAAUUUAUUUCCAGUUGAAUUAGGUAUUAGGCAGCAAAGUACGGCGCUGACGAUGUUAUUAUUGUGUGAAUGCUGAAGAGCUCACUGAGGAAAUCUUGGGAGCUACUUUUCCACAUUCACAAAAUUCCCACAUUGUUCAUCAUUCCACCUUGUCUGCAGCAAAAUUUUACAAAUUUAAUUCAUCCUUCCAGCCACCAUUCUCGACCAAUUCAAACCAAAUCCAUCGUCAAAAUGUUCAACUCAUUCAGGAGAUCUUAGGAGUUUUGCCACUUUGCCCCAAAUUCCACAUUUUCCAUGGCAAAAUCCCCAAAUUAAUGGAGGCAUUUUUAGAAAUAUUCCGAAACCUUCCACAUUUCUCCAUGUAUUCACAACAUUUUCAGCUCCUUCAGGACAUCUUGAGACAUCUAAUUUCGUAUUGCAAAAUUUCCCACAUUUCCCACAAAAUUCCAGGUUACAUUUUAGAAAUUUACCUUACCUUUACACAUUUCUCACCCAAUUUAAACCAUUCAAACGUGAAAUGGUUUAGCUCAUUUAGGACAUCUUGGGAACUAUUUUCACAUUCCAAAAUUCCCACUUUUCCCCAGAAUUCCACAUUUUUCAUGAUGAAAUUCUCAAAUCAACAUUUCUCAACCAAUUCAAAACAUUCCAGCGUCGAAGUCUUACGUCUUUGGAACUAUUUUUCCCCAAAUAACCACAUUUUCCAUGGCGAUAAAUAUAUAUAUAUAUAUAUAUAUAUAUAUAUAUAUAUAUAUAUUGUAACAAAUGCAGACAUUUUACAAUUGUACCUAAUCCAUCCAUAUUUCUUGACCGCUUCAAACCAUUCCAACUUCAAAAUACCAAUUGCCAAUUCAGGACAGCUUGUGAAAUAUUCUUGACAUUCCCUAAAAAUUCCCACUUUUCACCAGAAUUCCACAUUUUCCAUGGCAAAAUUCUCAAGUGAAUGGAGACGUUCCAUGAAUGGUCCUAGUCCUUCUACAUUUCUCAGUCGAUUCAAACCAUUCCAGCGUCAAACUGCUCAGGUCAUUCAGGACAUAAUCGCUUUAUCUCCAGUACUUGAGUCGCUAUUUUGCCACAUGUUAGCAUACCAACUGCUAGCAUGUUAGCGUUUGAUAAUUUCUCAUCAAAAAUAGUCGCUGAAUAAAGAGAUGGAUUAGGAAGGAAGGGUUAGUAUUUUUUUUUUCCAACAUCUCCACAUUCCCUAAAUUUUAAAAAGUUUCUACAGCCUUUCAGUUCACCAUCGGCUCUUUAGCAUUCACACGCCAUUUUGUUGAUAGACAUGCCAUUUUAUUUGUGAGUACUUCAGUUGUUUUUGACUGUUGGCCUGCGAUGGAAGGACACUGCGGUGGUGGAUUCAUUUGGGCUCUCUUCAAGAACCUCGGCUCCAUGUUUUCAUUGAAUUUUCUUUUCUUCUCCAAUAUGGACCAAAAGCAGAACUUUUUUUUUUUUUUUAACAAAAAAAAAAAAAAAAAAAAGAAAGGACAAAACCUAACAAGUAGUGAUGAUUAUCUUUUACCAAGGUACCUUUUUACGUGCUCAUCUCCUACAAAUAGUAGAGGCAGUUGUGAAUAUAUUUAUUCUUUGGUUUUUUUGGGGGGUUGUUGUAAGGGAUCAUGUUACUAUCUUGACUGUAUAGUAUGAUUCUGCAUCUGCUUCAGACGCCUUCUUCUUCUUCUUCUUCUUCUUCUGCUUCCCGCCGA